GGUUUAUAAGUCAGCCUUCUUGGACACUUGGCAGGAAGAGGAACAAGGAAGGUGAAAGUGAGUCCAGCAGCAAGAUCCAAAAGGAAAACAACAGGAGAAAGUACUGCCAGAUACAGUACAAGAGCUCAAGGAAAAUGGCUACUCCAAGCAAAGAUUUUGGCCAAGAGCUAAGUGACCAGGUCAAUGAUGUCCUGAGUCGACUGGCAAGCAAGGAGAUGUUUCAGUCCACCUGGGACAUUGUGGCAUUUGCCAUUUUCUUUACCUUCAUUGGCAUGGUUCUCCUGAUGGCCCUUCUGGUUCUUAUCCGCUGCUUUUGCUGCUGCUGCGAUUGCGACUCUCCUCGAUCAAAGUACAACAAGGUUCCUAAAAGAAAAGUCGGCAUUGAUAACAAGGGCAUGGAGCCAUAGUCUUGCUGUGACAAGUUACCUAUGCAAACAUGAUCAAGUGCCUCUGCUUUAUUGAUUUUUCUAUGCUGCAUUUUGAUUCAUUGUAAAUCGAAUCUCACCAAAGAUGGAACAUUGGACAGGUAACCCUCCACUGGCUUUGGUGUUCAGACUGUGAUCGUUCCUAACCUCUUCCUCUGGACUAUAAACCCAGAGGCAACAGUCAAGAGUCAGACACAUUCACCCAUGAGCCUUUUAUCAGAUGCUUCUGAUCACUGCUGUUACAAUAACUGUACAAGCUAAAAAGGCGGCAGACCCCUCAUCUCACUCAUUACCUUUCUUCCCCUCUACCACUUGGCAAUGUGCGUUUUUUGUUUCUUUAAGAAUAGAGAGGUCAGUGUCAGCUUCUCUGAUAUUCUUAUUCACUGCUGUGAGACUACAGCAGGGAAAUUAUACAGCCCAACAAAUGCUAUUGGGAAUGGAUCACCAAUCUUCCCUUGGUUCUGCCUGGAAGUGGAAUAGAUCUGUUCUUGCCUUUUGACCCCACUGCUCUUUUCCCCCCUUUCUAUAAACAUGAAUUUUUCCGCCAACUUCCACACAAUUGAAAAUGGGCAAUCUUGACUACGAAAGCUUAUAUAGAGCACCACAAAUUCAUGUUCUUCAUUUUAAGGGGCUGUGAAUUUUCUUCUUCAUUUGCUGUUAAAAUGUUGUCUGGAUCAUAGUAGUUGUGAAUUUUUUGUUUCUUAAGGUAAUUACUUGACGUUUAUGUUGAAUAAACUGCUGUUAUGGGAAAGCAGCAAGAUCCUCUGAAUAUUUCAUAGACACAAAGGGGGGGUGAGGAGAAAGAAUUUGAUUUUUUUACUCUUGGGAGACAAAAUAAAGUAGGCAAACAUAUACUUGCUCAUUCAUACCGCGUGGGAAGUAGUCUUCAAUGUCAUCUUCAUACAGAAUUUGAACCAGGCUCUCAACCGACUCAUCCAUACUCCAUGGUUUAAACCAUCCUGUGUCAAACUGAGAUUCCACAAUCUCUUUCAU